AUGACUUCCGAAGCUGCACCCAACGAGGGAGAGGAGGAGCGCAUGAGCGACAAGGUGGGAGACUUUCUGAAGAAAAACCUGAAUAAAGGAGAACUUGCCUUGAAGCAUGCCAUGGGACUUGGUAGACAGCCCAAUAUUGUGCCCGUCACCGACCCGGUGCUCGACGGACCAUCACGGCCCGUCGAGGUCGGAUGGCAUCCCGUGGGCGGACUGGCCGGCAAGUGGUUUGCUGAGCAGACAGGUCUCGGAAAGAUGAUCACCGACAAGAUCAACAAGUAUCCGGAUCCGACCCAGCAUUGGGCCGUGCUGGUUGGCGAGUAUGCUCACCAGUUGUGGAUGGAUGAGAAUUUCGACGUCAUUUACACAAAUCAAAAGAUCAAGCGCGAGGAGUGGCGCACAUUUCAAGUUGGCGAGACGCGCUUCAACGAUGACGCUACACGACGGGCUGGCGAAUCCGUCAUCGAGGCUAUCAGAGAGACGCAGCCGGGCUACAACCUCAUCACCAACAAUUGCCAGACAUACGCCCUGCAACUCCUUGAUGCCAUCAAGGUCGGCUCAAGGAAGGAAUUCGGCACAACCCUGGCCGUCUACGAGAGACUAAUUGGCCCUGGAAGUGUCAAGGAUUUGUUCAUUGAGGGCCAGCCUGUGGUCGGCGAAGCCCCCCAGGAGAGCACAGUGUCCAUGGCGCAGCAAGUCAUGCACGACAACACAACACAGCUUGAUGCCCAGGAGCAGUUGCAGAAGAACGGGAGCGCAGGCCCUCAAGACGGAGCCAGAGGCCUGGAUCAGGAUCAAGGCGAGAAGAAGCCCAAGAAGUCCAACUUUUUGUCACGUCUGCUGAAGAAGAAGAAUUAG